AUGAUCCCCAGAAUCCACACAGGGAAAUAUUUGAACUCGGAGGCUAAUGCAAGGAGGAUAUUCAACAUAGAACAAUGUUUCGGCUCAUCAGGGCAGCCUCUAGUAAUCCCGGGACGUGUUUUGGUAGGCGAAGGUGUUCUAACAAAGGUUUGCCGCAAGCGAGCGAAACCUCGGCAGUUUUUCUUGUUCAAUGACGUCCUUGUCUAUGGCAACAUCAUCAUCCACAAAAAGAAGUACAACAAGCAGCAUAUUCUACCUCUAGAAGAUGUGAAGUUGGACAAUGUUAAUGAUGAAGGCAAUUUGAGGAAUGGUUGGAAGAUCAUGAGCCCUAGCAAGUCGUUUGUCGUGUACGCUGCCACGGCAUCGGAGAAGAAGGAGUGGAUGGCGCACAUACGCAAGUGUGUCAACGAUUUACUGGCACGACGUGGCAUCAGUCAAAGUACCAGCAGUGACUCUCCUGUGUGGGUUCCCGACUCAGAGGCUAAAACAUGCAUGCAUUGUAGGAAGUCAGAGUUCACAGUUGUCAAUAGAAAGCAUCACUGCCGCCACUGUGGAAUUGUGGCUUGCAACGCUUGCACUAGCAGGCGUUGGCUUCUCCCGCAGCAGAGUUCGAAACCCAUCCGAGUUUGUCUGACUUGUUACCACAAACUGGCACAGGAGACAGCCAGCAGCAGUGUCACCAGGACCUAUACUGUGAUAGCAACAGGAGAUGGCAGGAACUCAUCGUUUGAAGAUUCGUCUGAUGAUGAUGAUGAUGUGACAAAAGAUGGCAGCCCUGCCCAGUACCAGUACCAGGAUGACCAGUUGGACAUGCAUGAUUCACACUUCCAGAGUUAUGACUAA